UAAUUAAAAAAAUAAAAACAAAAUAAUAAUUAAAUAAUAAUGAAAAUAAUUCAGUCUAUUUAAAGAGCUAUGAUGUACUUUAAARUUUUGUGAACAGUUAAUUUAAUUUCAAACUUGUGACGGACUUGAAGUUUGAAUAUGUUAUGAACAUGUACAUACGUGUAUUUCAUCACUARSAAUAACUCUUUACUGUCGCGUGAUCAGCGCUCGUYGAUUCCAUUCAAGCACAGUCCUCUUUGACAACCUUUUUUUGAAAUAGCUAUAUUUGCUCGUACCUACGCAUAUGCGGGGUGCUUUGCAAUAACAAAGUGUGAUUAUUGCUAUGUUUUCUUUCACGCCUAUUGUUUUUCCCAACCGAGAARCAGAUGUUAAUUCUUUAACUACUUUCAGUAAGAUAUUCCUCAGUUAUWAAAUUUAGCAUCUGGAAGCGUUAGCAAUUAAAGCGGAUUUAAAAGCAAUAUUUUUAARCAACGAUUCUCUGUAUUACUGACGAUUACUGGAAUAAACCUAUUUCAAUUUGACUGAUUUCACCUGGCUAAGCCUUUAUGGUAUCUCCGACAACACAAAAUCCGAAUUCAAUAUUUAUUUUAUUCUAUAUUAUAUGGAUAUUGUCAUAAAAGGCUAAGCAAAUACUCAAUAAUAAUGGUUUUAAUAGUAAAACUGCAUUGCCUUUUACAAAAUGUACUUUUUUUUGCAUAAGUUAAUUAAUUGUCAAAAUAAGAGAUUUAUCAGCCGGAAAACACUGUGCUUCCGUCCUAUUGGUUGGGAAUAGGUAAUUGUUUUGCAACUAAUUCGUAGGUUGGCUUAUUGUUUAUUUUUAUUUACUUAUUGCCAUCCAAUCGGASCAAAGAUAGCCAGUCGAUGGAUAUUAAUAUAAGUUGUCGAAAUWGCAUUUUCAUGAAAUUCAUCAAAAUCACUCAGCAGAAGUGGAAGCGCGACUGACAAUUGAAUUAACACUGGAAUAUUAUGGCUGCCAAUUCAUCUUGUAAUAGUAUUUACAAUUUAAUGGAAACUCUCUUUGAAAAGCAAGAAAACUAUAAACGAACCAGCCUAAUUGCUAAUGUUAUACUUUGCCUUCUUCCUGGACCGACAGCCGUCCUAAAUACUCUGGUUUUGGUGACGAUAUGGCGAAAAAGGCCCUUGAGAACCGCCUCAAAUUUGUUCCUUUGCAAUCUUGCGCUCUCAGAUCUGGCUGUGUCCAUUAUUUGUGAGCCUUUAUAUGCCGUUAUUGGUCUUAACAGACUUCACACCUGCACUACAACUUUCGUUAUCUCUCUGUUGUCAACUGGACUUACUACUGCUUCUUAUCUAACCGUUGUGUCAAGCACCGUCGAACGUUAUAUGGUACUAAGCUAUCCUCUGAAACACUCUUCAAUAGUYACUAUACGUCGAGUUGUAAUUUUGUGUAUUGUUAUAUGGAUUGUUUCUGUAACUGCCGGUGCUUUSUUUUCGACUUAUAACUUUUUUGCUUUUGUUAUUGUCGGAGCAGUAACAUUCAGCAUUUGUGUAAUGAUAUUUUGCUAUGGGAAGAUAUACUUCAUUUUACGACAUCAUCACAACCAAAUCCAAGCGCAAACGACUGCUAUAGGGAGACAACAGCCAAUUAACCUUCCUCUCUUUAGAAAGACUGUCAGUAAUCUUGUUUGUAUUAUUUCAUGGUUUAUCUUUUCGUAUACUCUUAAUCUCUCUGCCAGUGUAAUCAUAUCCCUCGAGGGAAAUUCACCGUCGUUUGACGUUUUAAUGGUCAAAAAAUUUGCCAUUAUCAUCGUCUACUUAAACUCUCUUAUCAAUCCCCUUAUAUAUUGUUGGAAAAUGCAGGAAAUACGCCAAGGCAUAAAGGAAACGUGUAGCAUUGGUUUAUCGCACCUUUUGGGCAAUCGCAGAGCAUCUGAGAUCCAACGCUCUGUCUCUUUUUCUAGAACUGUAUAAAAAUACACCGGCUAUAYAUUCAAUAAGAUGUUUGUUGGCUUUGUGGACGUUCAUCUUGUUUAUAAAAUUUGAUACCUCAAACUUAAUAUUUAUCUUUUUUUAUUUGUCCAGCCAGCUUUCGACUCAUGUGGAUCAUCCUCAGGACUAAAGGAAGAAGAAAAACUACGUUAUUUACUUAAAUAAUAUAAGAUUGAAGAAUGCAACGUAUUUUUUUUUUCGUUGGUCCUGAGAAUGAGCCAAAUGGGUCGAAAGUUCAACUUUUAUAAAAUAGACUCUAGUUAUCAUUUCGACGAGACAGAAAAUACGGUAUCUCUMUUAAGGCCCGUUUAAACUGGCGGCCAUCGCCAGAGUUUCGAACAUGCUUAACAUUUAGCUGCAGCUUCACGUACGAUUUUAGGUGCGCGAUAGAAAAGUGUCGAUUAUYGCGCUGCAAAAAUCGCAAGUGUAAACGGGUCCUCAAAGUCAAUUGAAGAAAUUCUAUAUAGGGUAGUUGAUAUUCCAUUUUUCAACGUAUCGAAUGUAAUUUGUAUAAUUAAAUUGCAGAUUAUGCUUGAUUAACCUUCAUAAACAUACUUUCAAAGUUU